AUGACCGCUCCUAUACCCUCCCACGCUGCUGCCACUCCCGGCCCUCCUUCCAACUCUGCCGCCACUGCCCCUGCCCCGUCCCCUGCGCCCUCUGCCUCCGCGUUGGCGCCAGUUAACUCCGCGCCGACCGCCCCUGCUGCGUCGCUUCCGCCAGGGUCGCGGAACAGGCAGUUUAUCCGAUCCUACUCUCUCCACACGGACGCGCAGUCGCCGGUGUUCCCGCGGGUGGUGAGAGCCCCCACUCGCGCCAACACCACCCACACCGGCGCUCCUGCCGCCUCUGCUCCUUCUGCUGCUGCUCUGUCCGACCGCGACCUGAAUUUUCACCUGAGCCAGCUGGCCAAUCGGAGGAUCGCGCAGGAGAUCGCACAGUCCAGGCGGACAGGGGGAGCAGCCGGCGAAGCAGGCGGAGCGAGCAACGCAGGGGGGAUUGGGCGAGGGGGGGUAGGCUCCCCGAUGGUUCUCGAGGCGUCGCAGAAGGGCGGCAGAGGGGGGAUAACCGCUGGGGGGAUGGCCGCCGCGGGGAUGACCACUGGGGCGGGGAUGGGCAGAUUGGGGGGAGUCAGAGUAGGGAUGAAGCGGAGCUUUGGCGUAGACCCAGCAGAUUCUCCCAUGGGGGCGCCGAGCUUAGAGGGUGGUGGAAUGAGUCAGACCGCUGCCCGUGGCAUGAGUCAGGCCGCUGCUGGUGGCAGGAGUCAGAGCACGGCUGGUGGCGAGCUGUGCGACGGCAGCGGUGGUGGGUACGAGGUGGGCACUCCGUCUCGUGCUGCUGCGCGCAGGGUAGCUGGUGAGAAGUUUCCAGGGAAGCGGCAUGCUGGGGGGCUGACGUGUGCCAGUCAGGAGUCACUCCGCGAGGCAGCAGGGGAGUAA